CUGAACGGCGGACAUGUAAGACCUAUGUCACAGCCAGAGGCGACAUUUACUCUCUUUUAAAAUCACACAAAAUAGUUUGUAUCUCUCUGCCACCCCAUCUCCACCGCUCCACUCCGGAUCGUUUUUUUAAAAUCUUUGUUGUAUAAAUCGGUCUUCAAGUCCGUCCGUCCACGUGUCAGAAAAUUUGACACAUCCGAAAUUGCAACGCGUAAGUUCCCAUUUCCAUCGCUGAACCUUCUACUUUGGCUGUACAAACCUGUACCUACCGGUGCCGAUCGAGUGCACGCAAGAAUUCGCCCCAAUCGCAUCCUCGAAGAUAAAAAUUGUAAAAAUUACGGAGUGAAAUUGUCCGAAACCGUUGACAACCGCGAGAAAUUCUAACCUCCUGAACGAUCAGAAAAUUAUCAAAGUCCUUUCAAGUCGAAUAUCCUUCAGCUCACAAAUAAGGGUAAGGUUACAAAUGUUCUUGGUAUUAGCGAUACGCGAUAUUUGGAAAAUUUAACCCUCGGACGAUCGCAGCGAGUCCAUCGCGGACCCCAGCCUCGUUAUUUCGCGAAUAGUUGGUCGAGUUCAUUGAAUCGCUACUUGCCAUUUUUGGAAAUCUUGUCUUUGGAACCUGUUUAAUCGUAAGGGGCGGUAACGCGUUUUCAAAUUUCCCUUAAAUUUACCGAAAUUAAUUUCGUUGGUUUUUUUCGACGAUACGAUUAAAAAUAUCAUUAGAAAAUUUUCAAGUGUCGCGCCCUCGACGUUCUCGACCAAACCAAUUGUUCGCACUUGUCGUCGCGAGUCCACCGAAGAGAUUUUCGCCCGAAGAAGACCAAAUCUGCUAUGGAUGUAGACUCGAACGAUCCCAGCAGAGAUAGCGACAUAUGCGAGACAAACGCUCAGCGUUUGAUAGCCGAAAGCGGUGGUCGUUGCAUGAGUACGCAAGCGAUGCAAUCUCUCUACGACUUUCGACAAAACAACCUUCUUUGCGAUGCAGUUUUGAGAUUGGAAGAUGGAGGUGUCUUUCCGAUUCACCGAGCAAUCUUGUCAGCCUGCAGCCCGUAUUUCAGAGCUUUGUUCACAACCACGCUGCAUUCCCGUGAGAAAACAGACGUCCUUUUACCGGGUGUUAACAGCAACAUGAUGAAUCUCCUCCUGGAAUACGCUUAUUUGCGAUCGAUCAACGUGAAUAACGAAAAUGUCUGCCAGUUGCUCGUCACCGCGGAUUAUUUGAACAUUUUUGGCGUUCUCGAUAUCUGUUGUGAAUUUCUCAAGAAAAACUUGGCUCCGGAAAACUGCAUCACCGUCAUGAGAUUUGCCCGAGAACAUUUUUGCAAGGGAUUAGAGAGCAGCGCGUAUCGUUACGUUAUGAGACAUUUCGUGCAGGUAGCCCAUCGAAGCGAUGAAAUUCUAGAUCUGUCCAUAGAAGAGUUAACGACGCUGAUCGGAGCCGACGAGCUGAACGUUAAGAGCGAGGAUACGGUCUGGGAAUUGGCACUGAAAUGGAUCGAUUACGAUCCACAGUCCCGAAAGGAUUACAUAGUCGAUUUGAUGAAGAACAUCCGCCUUGGUCUUUUGGAAACGCAGUUCUUUCUGGAAAAUGUAAAGGAUCACCCAUACGUUACCGGAAACGACGCGUGUCGGCCCAUUAUCAUCGAGACUUUAAAGUUUUUGUACGAUCUCGAAAUUAUCACUCAAAAAGAUGGUGAAAUACCCACCCCGAAAAUUGCACGACCGAGGGUGCCCCACGAGAUACUGUUCGCGAUAGGUGGAUGGAGUGGCAGAAGUCCUACAAAUUUCAUAGAGACCUACGACACCAGGGCGGAUCGAUGGGUCAAGGUGGAAGAAGUAGAUCCAAUCGGUCCACGCGCUUAUCACGGAACUGCGGUUGUUGGUUUUAAUAUUUAUGUAAUCGGUGGUUUCGAUGGAGCAGAUUAUUUUAAUAGCUGUCGUUGCUUCAACGCUGUUACCAAAGUCUGGAGGGAAGUUGCUCCGAUGAAUGCUAGAAGGUGUUACGUGAGCGUUGCUGUGCUCAAUGACCUGAUUUAUGCGAUGGGAGGUUACGAUGGUUACUAUCGACAGAGUACCGCGGAACGCUACAAUUAUAAGACAAAUCAGUGGUCCUUGAUAGCGCCAAUGAUUUGUCAAAGAUCAGACGCCAGUGCAACUACUUUGAAUGACAAAAUAUAUAUUACGGGCGGCUUCAAUGGCCACGAAUGUUUAAAUUCUGCAGAAGUGUACGAUCCAGAAAGUAAUCAAUGGACGAUGAUAGCUCCGAUGAGAUCGCGCAGGAGCGGAGUGUCCUGCAUAUCUUAUCACAACCAUGUAUACGUUAUUGGGGGUUUUAAUGGAAUAUCGAGAAUGUGCAGCGGGGAAAAAUACAAUCCUACCACGGAUAUGUGGAGCUCAAUUCCAGACAUGUACAAUUCGCGAAGUAAUUUUGCAAUUGAAGUGAUCGAUGACAUGAUAUUUGCAAUCGGUGGAUUCAACGGUGUUACUACGAUUUAUCACGUCGAGUGUUACGAUGAAAGAACAAAUGAAUGGUACGAAGCAACGGAUAUGAACGUGUAUCGGUCAGCAUUGUCAGCCUGCGUGAUCAUGGGCUUGCCAAAUGUGAACGAUUAUAUUCACAAACAUCGCGAACGACUGAUGGAAGAAAAACGACAGAAAUUGUUAGCGCUAGAGGUGCACCGUAGCCAACAUCAAGAGCAAAUGCAGCCAAAUCGUGAAAACAUGUUAAACAACGAUAUUAUACCCGCGCCACCGCCUCUGCCAAGGAACAACGACUCCAGCAAUGCAAAUCAACAGAAUUGACGAUGGAAAAGUUACAGACCUGG